AUGAUUUCUUCUGUUUCUGGAGACCAUGAGAUUGAGCUGCUGUCAUCACUAACAGCUGUAAGGUCCACAACGCUUGACAUCACGUGGUCACCGGCAUCCGUCACCUUCUUACAGUUGUCUGGAUUGUCCAUGAUCUUUUUGAGGAUUUUCACACCGAGCCAUGUGAGCUCGAUGCUCACAUUGCUGGAGCUUUGGGGAGUUCUCCGGGCCAUGGCCGUGGUUGUCUUCAAAGUAAGCAACGAGGACACCAUGUGCAACACUUCCGGGAAGCUCUCAACUAGGAUGUCCGGAGAGAGCCACAAGACCACGUUGGCUGCAUGCCCUCGCGUGUUCUCUUCCUCCCUCGUCUUGUUCUUCAGUCCUAGCAUACCGACCACAUUCGCCACCGUGUCAGAGGAAGCCCGAAGCCUCAUCAGCGCCAACCCUCUGUACUUGUGCACACCGAGGAUGCGGUCGAGAAUCCGGACGCCGACGAGACGGUCGGCCACCGAGUUGGACCUUACCAUCUCCAUGGCGAAGCUGACCAUGUCCAUGUUCAUGGCUUCGCGCACGCUCCCACCGGAACAUUUCAUGUAGGUGUCGAGCAUGUAGCGCCUGAUUAUCUGCACCCCUGAAGAGCCGAGCUGGU